AACAACAACAACUAGAAAAAAAUUGACAGCGCUCGCCCCUUUUUUUACCUUCUCCAGUCUCUUUCAGCCCCGCCACAUAUUCUUGCUAUUGAUAACAUAGUUUUUUAUAUUCACAACCCCAUUUGUACUUUUUUCUUUCUUAUCAGCAUAAUGGCUCCGAGACACGGCGCGCAGUCACUAAAGAUGAUUGUGGUUGGAGACGGCGCGUGCGGCAAGACAUGCCUGUUGUACACGUUCCGCGAAGGACAGUUCCCGCCCGACAACCGCUACAUCCCGACAGUGUUUGACACGUGCGUGGUGGACAUAAGAACGCAGGGGAAGCGCGUCGAGCUGUCGCUCUGGGACACGGCGGGGCAGGAGGAGUUUGACCGGCUGCGGCUGCUGUGCUACCCGGGCGUGGACGCGGUGAUUAUCUGCUUCAGCGUGGACUCGCCGGACUCGCUCGAGAACGUCACCACCAAAGUGGUAUGUCGAGGCAUGCAAGCAGGCGCCCAGGGUGCCGAUUGUCGUGGUGGCGCUCAAGGCCGAUUUGAAGACCGACCCCAGCAUUGUCGCGCACCUGGCCAGGUACAAGCCAGACGCCCGUCACCUACGAGCAGGGGCGGGACACGGCCGCCAAGAUUGGCGCCGCUGCCUUUGUCGAGUGCUCGUCGAUUAGGAACCUCAAUGUCAAGGAGGUGUUUGAGACCGCCGCCGCUGCUACGCUGGAGACCAAGGAGGUGGCCCCACCAACCCCGGCUUCGGACGGGUGCUGCAUUAUCCUGUAGCCCGCUCGCCCGCAAAAUCAGCAACGCUUGCAGCAAGCAAUAGUCGCUUUUCUUAGCUCGUUCCCUCCUCGUUCCCUCCCUCGUUCCCUUCUCCCCCCAUCGCUGGGCAGUCGUUUUCUAGAUGCAAAAACAAAUAACAUUCUCCU